AUGGCUGGAAAAUUGUUUCUUUUGGGAAUAAGAUAUAACAGCGGUGGUACAAAUACCGGCGAUGCCCUUAAAUUUGUUGGCAGCAAUAUUUUUCAACCUUCCUCUGGAGAUAGAAUCAAUGCAAGGAACAUACUUGUGGUAAUCACAGAUGGAAGAUCUAAUAACCAUUUAUCCACUAUUGCACAAGCCAAUCAUUUAAAGAACAAUAAUAUACUGAUCAUUGCAGUUGGAAUCGGCAGCGGCAUUUCUAAAUCUGAACUUGACGGAAUGGCUUCCGUAACCACCAUACAUCCCACUUUAAAACCAGCAACAACUACAACAGCUGCUCCAACUACAACUACAACAGAUGAACCAACAACAACAAUGACAACAACUCAACCAACAAUAUUGGCCAUCAUUGGAAAGUAG